AUGUUUAACAUUCAACUUUUAAUUUUUAUAAUUAUUUUUUCUUUUAUUUCAUUAUCUUUUGGUCAGCUAGCCUUGGAAGAAAAGGAAUCCAUUGAUAUAUUAUUAAAUAGUUACAAUUUAUUACCAAUAUCGAAUAAUAAUUAUUGUGAAUUACCUCAAUAUUUUUUAUGUGAUGCUACAAAUAGCACAAUCCUAAAAAUAAAUUUAAAUGGUGAUUUUAAUAAUUUUACAAUUUUUCCAAAUGGCACAAUAGAUAAAUUUACCAAAUUAAGGGAUAUUUCAAUAAAAAACUCAGUUUUAUCAAAUUUAUUUUUUGAUGAAAUGCCCGCAUUAUUAAAAAAUUUGGAUUUAGAUAAUUGUUCAAUUUCAUCAUUCCCAAACUAUUUCAAAAAUCUCCUUUCUUUAACCAUGAACGAUGUAGAUUUUAAUGGAGAUAUUUCUUCUUUUGCAAUCAAUAGCUUAUUGACUUUUAAAUUAACAUACUCUUCAAGUGAUAAAAUUAAAAAUUAUCAAAUUUUAAAAACCAAUCAAACAAGAAGUCCAAAAAAUAUUAAUGAACAUAUUAUAACUGUAAAUAAUAUAGUUUACAAUGAAUUCGAUACUUAUGGAUAUUUGAAAUUUAUUUUAGGAAAAUAUUUUAUUCAAGAUAGUUUUAAUGAAAUUGGAAACAUUACAACAAAAGAUUUAUCAAUUAUUGAUGUUGGUCAUUUUAAUCAACAAAUUACAAUUCCUUUAGAAAUAACUUCCGCUUCAGAUUCUAUUUCAUUUAGAAAUAUUCAAUUCAACACUGAUGACCAUGAAUAUUUAAAUUUUAAUAAUAUCCAAAUAUAUGUUUUUGUAUUCAAUAAUUCAAAUUUAAAGAAAAUUCCAUAUUUUUAUAUAGGUCUUGAGGGAUUGGAUUUAUCAAAUAAUCAAAUAAUUGGUGAAUUACCAGAUGUAGAAGAACCUGAGAAAAAUGAAAAUGUAAGAUCCAUUAACCUAUCAAAUAAUCUUAUUCAAGGUACAAUACCACCAAAUUAUUGUUAUCAUGGUGUUAUACUUUCAAAUAAUAAUUUAACAGGUGAUAUUCCAAUGUGUUUUAUAUGUCAAUUAAAUGAUGAAUAUAGUAGAAAUAGAAUUAAUGGUAAUAAUUUCAAUAAUUAUAUUAGUGGAUCAACAAAUGGUUUUCCAACAUGUUCUGGUAUAAAGUUUACGUCAAAUGCAAUUUUCUCACCAGGAUAUGGUAGUAUACAAGCAAGAGGUAUAAAUUUUGGAUGGCAACCAAAUAAUUUUAGUCAAGAUAAUAUUUUUUCAACACCAGAAUUGAAAUUUACAGUAAAUAUUCCAAAUAAAGAGAUUUAUUCGUUUGGUUACUAUAAUGGUUUGUGGGAGAAAUUAGAGAAAACAAACUUUACUGCCAAUGUUCAUUUCGAAAUUCCAAAUUUAAAUGCAACUUUGAAAUUUGAUAUUUUACCACCAACAUUUUCAGAUGUAAUAGUUAUUCCAUAUGUGAAUUUAGGUUAUGUAUUUACGAUUAUUGGGCAAGGUAUAUCAACAUAUGGUUACAAUUCAACUGUAGCUGUUGAUGAUUUUAAUUGCAUUUCCUUUUUCUCUUCAACUAGUAUUAUAAGAUGUAUUGUUUAUCAACCACAACUAGCUGAAAAAAUAUAUAAAAUCACAGUUUUUAAUAAUCAAACAAAAUUAACUGGUUCAUAUCAAUAUAAAUUUGAAAGAUUAUAUCCAUUUAUUAUCUCUGUGAAUCCAACAACAAUUCAAGGUGGACUUGCUUCUUUUUAUGGUAGUUAUGGAAUUAACAGUACAAAUGUAACCCUUUUUGUUGGUGAUCAACAAUGUCAAAAUAUAUCAUUCGAUCCACUAUUAAUUAAAUGUACCAUUGGUCCUGGAGUAGGUGUUCAUUCAAUUAAUUUAACUGUUGAUGGUGUUAAUUGGAUAGGUAAAAAUAUAUAUACUUUUUUAUUGGAAAAACAAAAUUGUCCAGGUGAUGAUAAACAAUGUAAUGGAAAUGGUGAUUGUAUAGAUGGUAAUUGUUUUUGUUUUAGUGGUUUUGGUGGUUUAAAGUGUUCAAAUGUUAUUGAAACUUCAAUUAAAAUAAAAAAGAAUGAUACAUUAAUUGAGAUGAUAAAAAAUGGUUAUUCGUUUGGUUUUUCUAUAAAGGAUAUAAGAGAGAUUGAUAUUACAGAAAAAGUUGUUAGACAACAUAAUUUCACAAAAUGGACUUUAACCCCAGAUUCAACCUUACAAAAAUGGACAUAUAUAAAUAAAUUUGGAAAUUCAAUCAUUUCUUAUACGAUUGAACAAAUUAUUGGUGAAGCUAAAAAUUAUACAUUUGCUGGAGAAUUAAUUAUACUUCAACCUGGUUCUUUAAAAUUAUCAGCAAACAUUUCAAAUUGGGAAUAUUUAGGAUCAUUAAAUACAUUACAACUUAGAAUUGAAUCGUCAGUUAAAGCUCAACAAGAGAAUGAAUGCGAACAAACAUCAAAUAUCCAAUCAAAUGGUAAUGGUUUCUCUUUGAAUUAUAUCACCAUUCAAAAAGAUAAAAAUAUAUUUAGUGGUAGAUUUAUUGAUAAGGUGGUUUCAGAUGGUAGACCUACCUUUUCCAAAGUUUCAAUUUCUGAACAAAGUGAAAAUUCAAUUACAGUAUCAAUUUCUUUACCCUAUUGUAAAGAAUGUUUAAUUGAUCCUGAUUUCUCUGUAAUGAUAAAUCCUGAUAUACCUUCAAAUCCAUGUAGUAAUAAUCAACCAUCAAAAUUAAAAUGGGUUAUACCAGUCAGUGUAAUUUUAGGUUUAUUAGGUUUAUUUGGUAUAUUUGCAAUUGUAUUCUUUUUAGCAAGAGAUCGUAUUUACAUCUCUAGAAAAGGUGGAAUUAUUAUAUUAAAAAAAAUUAAAAAAACCUCAAAAAUGAAUGAAUAA